CUGGUCUCGUAACCGGAAUUUAAAAAUUUUCUGUUUAAAACCAAAUUUUUCGUAAACGAACUUACCUGAAAUGGGGACGAGAGCCGAACCGUUGGACCCCCACAAGUUACGUUCAGCAUUAGCGGACGUGCGUUCGGACCAAGGCGAAAUUUACAGAAAAUCCUGGGUGAUCGUUGGUCAUGUUGAUCAAAAUCCUCAAAGUAUCGAUGUGUCGGCAACUAGCGAAAUCACGGAUUCGUCUCUGGGGACAUUUUGUUCCUACCUGAAGAACGAUGAGGUCAUGUACUGCCUGCUACGUAUGACCACGACUUUCGACAUGUCAAACACUGUUAAAUUUGUUUACAUCCACUGGAUUGGUGAACAUGUUCCAUUUGCUAAAAAAGGGAGAUAUGGAGUGGUGAGUGGCAGUGUGGAAGAGUACUUCACUCCUUACCAUCUACUCAUUGAAACUGGCUCACUGGAUGAUCUGACUGAGGAAAACAUUAUUAAGAAGCUGGAGGAGUCAAGUGGGACUAGGAAUAAAGUAAUAGAAGGAUCGACGGCUGGCAGACAGGAACGUGGAUUUACGGCACAUUCCUUGAAGCCCCAGGCCAGGACUGAACCAAGAUCUGUGGCUCCGGCUGGUAUCAAUGUUGAAGUUAGUCCGGAAUUUAUUGAGGCCAUAAAUGAUGUAAGGAGAGAUGAUACGCAGACUGCAUGGGUGCUAACUGGUUUUCAGAACGGUGAUAUCAAAAAGCCAUUAGAGGUACUGGCUACAGGUGUGAGUGAUUUGAAUGAAAUGAAAGGAUAUCUGCAAGAUGACCAGGUCCAGUUUGCUCUUUUUAGAACGUCAGAUGUAUAUGACUCCAUCCAAACCGUCAAAUUUGUCUACAUAUAUUGGAUUGGUGAAAAAGUUAAGCCAAUGACAAAAGGAAAGUUAUCAGCCUAUGCUGGUCCAAUUGAAAAGCUGUUCAGUCCUGCUCAUGUCACCAUGAUGUUCUCACAUAAGAAUGAUAUUCAGGAUCACAUCAUUAAGGAUAAGUUAACAAUGCCUAGACAGUUGAUGAAUGUCGCCCGAUGUUAUAAGAAAAAGCCAAGUGAUUCAAGGACCGCUGAUUCUCCUAAAACUUUGAGUUGGACACGUUCGGGCCAUGUUCUGCGCGCUGGCGUGCGUCACUCCAAUCAUUCCCAUAUCUUCAAAAACAUACUCUUUCACAAUAAAAUGAAAAUCGGCUCCACAAACUGGAUAAAAGACAGGCACAGCUACAAUCCUCAUUACAGUUACAAAAGAACAGUUCAUUUCAACAACAAAAAUCGUGCCCAAACUAAUUAUUUAGAAUCAAAAAAGUGGGUUAUUGCUAAAAGUGAGGUAAUGGACGGUCUAUCUUUGGUCACUAGAUGUCAGUUAAUAAACAGAUCAAAAGAACAAAUGAUAACAGUUCCAAACACAUUAGCAUCUUUCAUUGACAGUUUUAGGUAG